AUGCUGUUUAAUUCAACGGUUAUCUUAUGGAUGGAACUAUUCCAAAAUUUAGAUGGAAUUGUUGGAUGGCUUAAGUUUAUUAAAAUUCUCAAUAUGACUCAAAUCUAUAUGCUUCUUUUAAAAGCUUAGCCUUUACCUGAAAAAAUAUAAGAUGAUAUCAAAAAAGAUUAAAAUAGAACCUUCACUCGUCAUUCAUAUUUUAAGGAUCCUAAUAAAGGAUAGGAAUAACUAUAUUCUGUAUUGCAUGCUUUAUCUAUAUAAUAUCCAGAAAUAGGUUAUGCUUAAGGGAUGAAUUUCGUAGUUGGAUUUUGCUUAAUAAUGAGUGGAGGUAAUGAGGAAGAUGUAUUCUGGUUUAUCAAUUUUAUUAAUUAAAACGAAAGGUUCAAUUGGUGGGAAAUCUAUCGAGGAGAGUUUACAUUCGCUUAGAAUCUAUGUUAAAUAUUUUAGGAAAAUCUUUAGAGACAACUACCACAGCUGUUUAAUCACUUCUAAAAGAAUGGGAUAUUUGCAUUUUAAUAUUUUUGGUAAUGGAUACUAACCCAAUUUUUGUAUUCAUUUCCUAUUGAAAUAGUGAUAUUCUUUUGGGAUUUCAUUUUAGCUACUGAUAUCUAUUCAAUUCUAAAAAUAGGAUUAGCAUUUUUGAGAGAUAUGGAAAAUAUAUUGAUUGGCUAUGAUUUAACUCAGCUCUCAGAAUAUUUUAGUUAUCAGACUAAGAAACAGAACAACAUAGAUAUUACAGACUUAUUAAAUAAAGCCAAAAAUAUUGAAAUUACUAUGUCAGAAGAAUAAAAAACUGUUAAUGCAAAUUGUAAACCUAAAACACUAAAAUGA